GAGAGAGACAGAGCGACUCAGCUUUCCGGACAGGACCCGACAAGCAGCCAUGGAGCUUCCCUCCAUCCCUCACCUGUUCUUGCCCCUUGCGUUGCUGACAGGUCUCUGCUCCCCCUUUAAUUUGGAUGAGCAUCACCCACGCCUAUUCACAGGGCCACCAGAGGCUGAAUUUGGAUACAGUGUCUUACAGCAUGUUGGGGGUGGACAGCGAUGGAUGCUGGUGGGCGCCCCCUGGGAUGGGCCUUCAGGUGACCGAAAGGGGGAUGUUUAUCGUUGCUCUAUAGGGGGAUUCCACAGUGCUCCAUGUACCAAAGGCCACCUGGGUGACUAUCAACUGGGAAAUUCCUCUCAGCCUGCUGUGAAUAUGCACCUCGGGAUGUCUCUCCUGGAGACAGAUGCUGAUGGGGGAUUCAUGGCCUGUGCCCCUCUCUGGUCUCGUGCCUGCGGCAGCUCUGUCUUCAGUUCUGGAAUAUGUGCCCAUGUGGAUGCUUCAUUCCGACUUCAGGGGAGCCUGGCACCGACCGCCCAACGUUGUCCUACAUACAUGGAUGUCGUCAUUGUUUUGGAUGGCUCCAAUAGUAUCUAUCCCUGGUCAGAAGUUCAGACUUUCCUUCGGAGGCUGGUAGGAAGACUGUUUAUCGAUCCAGAGCAGAUACAGGUAGGACUGGUACAGUACGGGGAGAACCCUGUGCACGAGUGGUCCCUGGGAGAUUUCCGGACAAAGGAAGAAGUUGUGAGAGCAGCGAGGAACCUCAGUCGGAGGGAGGGGCGAGAAACGAGAACGGCCCAAGCAAUAAUGGUGGCAUGCACAGAAGGGUUCAGUGAGUCCCGGGGCGGCAGACCAGAGGCCGCUAGGCUGCUGGUAGUUGUCACUGAUGGGGAGUCUCACGACGGAGAGGAGCUUCCAGCAGCGCUAAAGGCCUGUGAGGCUGGAAGAGUAACACGUUACGGGAUUGCGGUCCUUGGUCACUAUCUCCGGCGACAGAGAGACCCCAGCUCUUUUCUUCGGGAAAUCAGAGCCAUUGCUAGUGAUCCAGAUGAGCGAUUCUUCUUCAAUGUCACGGAUGAGGCCGCGCUGACGGACAUCGUGGAUGCGCUGGGAGACCGGAUUUUUGGCCUUGAAGGAUCCCGUGGAGAAAAUGAAAGCUCCUUUGGGCUAGAAAUGUCCGAGAUUGGCUUCUCCAUCCACCGGCUACAGGAUGGGAUUCUCUUUGGGAUGGUGGGGGCUUAUGACUGGGGGGGCUCCGUGCUAUGGCUUGAAGAAGGUCGCCGCCUUUUCCCGCCACGAACUGCCCUGGAAGAUGAGUUUCCCCCUGCAUUGCAGAACCACGCAGCCUACCUGGGUUACUCUGUUUCUUCCAUGCUUCUGCCGGGAGGACGCCGGCUCUUUCUCUCAGGGGCACCGAGGUUUAGACAUCGAGGAAAAGUUAUCGCCUUCCAGCUAAAGAAAGAUGGGGUUGUGAAGGUCACCCAGAGCCUCCAGGGGGAUCAGAUCGGCUCAUACUUUGGCAGUGAGCUCUGCCCGUUGGACACAGAUAUGGACGGAAUAACUAAUAUCUUACUUGUGGCGGCUCCCAUGUUCCUGGGUCCCCAGAACAAGGAGACUGGACGCAUUUAUGUGUACGUGGUGGGCCAGCAAAAUUUGCUGAUGCUCCAGGGAACCCUUCAGCCAGACCGCUCCCAGGAUUCUCGGUUUGGCUUUGCUAUGGCUGCUCUUCCUGAUCUGAACCACGACGGUUUCAGUGAUGUAGCAGUGGGGGCACCUCUGGAGGAUGGCCACCAGGGAGCACUGUACCUGUAUCACGGAACCCAAACUGGAAUCAGGCCACAUCCUACCCAGAGGAUUGCUGCUGGCUCCAUGCCACAGGCCCUCCGAUAUUUUGGCCGAAGUGUGGAUGGCCGCCUAGAUCUGGAUGGAGAUGAUCUUGUGGAUGUUGCUGUGGGUGCCCAUGGGGCAGCCAUUCUUUUCAGCUCCCAGCCUAUCAUCCACCUGAUUCCAACCCUGGAUGUGAUGCCUCCGCAUAUCAGCGUGGUUCAGAAGGACUGUAAGCGACGAGGCCAGGAAGCAGCCUGUUUGACGGCAUCCCUUUGCUUCCAAGUAAAGUCUCAAACUCCUGGGCGUUGGGAUCGCAGAUUCCACAUACGGUUCUCAGCAUCACUGGAUGAGUGGACAGCUGGGGCACGUGCAGCAUUCGAUGGCUCUGGCCAGCGGCUGUCCCCAGGGCAGCUCCGGCUCAGUGUUGGGAAUGUCACUUGUGAACAGCUGCACUUCCAUGCACUGGAUACAUCGGAUUACCUCCGGCCAGUGGCCUUGACUGUGACUUUUGCUUUGGACAACACCACGAAGCCAGGGCCUGUGCUGGCUGAGGGAUCCUCUACGUCUAUACGGAAGCUGAUCCCCUUCUCAAAGGACUGUGGCCCUGACAAUGAGUGUAUCACAGACCUGGUGCUUCAAGCUGACAUGGACAUCAGAGGCUCCAGGAAGUCCCCAUUUGUGGUUCAAGGUGGCCGACAGAAAGUGCUGGUGUCGGUGACCCUGGAGAACAAGAAGGAGAAUGCCUACAACACUAGUCUGAGUCUCAGUUUUUCUAGAAACCUCCACCUGGCCAGUCUUACUCCUCAGAGGGCCAAAUCAGUGAAGGUGGAGUGUGCAGUCCCUUCCCCCCACGCCCGGCUCUGCAUCGUGGGGCAUCCGGUCUUCCAGGCUGGGGCCAAGGUGUCCUUCUUGUUAGAGUUUGAAUUUAGCUGCACCUUCCUCCUGAGCCAGGUCUCUGUGAGGCUGACUGCCAGUAGCAGUAGCCUGGAGAGGAACGAGACCCUUCAAGAUAAUACAGCUCAGACCUCUGCCUACAUCCGAUACGAACCUCACCUCAUGUUCUCUAGUGAGUCCACUCUGCAUCGGUAUGAGGUUCAUCCUUACAGGGCUCUCCCAGUGGGCCCCGGCCCUGAAUUCAAAACCACUCUUAGGGUUCAGAACCUUGGUUGCCAUGUGGUCAGUGGUCUCGUUGUCUCAGCCCUCCUUCCAGCUGUAGCCCAUGGGGGUAACUACUUCCUGUCACUAUCUCAAGUCAUCUCUGGCAAUGCAAGCUGCACAGUGCAGAACCUGACUGAUCCCCCAGGAUUCCCUGUGCAUCCAGAGGAGCUUCAGCACACAAGCAGACUGAAUGGCAGUAACACUCGGUGUCAGGCGGUGAGGUGCCAUCUUGGACUGCUGCCUAAGGGGACUGAGAUCUCUGUUGGACUGCUGAGGCUGGUUCACAAUGAAUUCUUCCGGAGGGCCAAGUUUAAGUCUGUGACAGUGGUCAGCACCUUCAAGUUAGGAACUGAGAAGGGCAGUGUCCUCCUACUGAACGAAGCCUCCCAGUGGCGUGAGAGCCACUUGGAGGUGAUUCAGACCCUCCCUACCCUCAUCUCCCUGUGGAUCCUGGUUGGCAGCGUCCUGGGAGGGCUGCUCCUGCUUGCUCUCCUUGUCUUCUGCCUGUGGAAGCUUGGCUUCUUUACCCGCAAGAAAAUCCCCAAAGAAGAACAAAGUGAAGGGAAGUUGGAGCAGUGACUGCGGAAGGCUCAGAAGCCCACUUUGGCAGCCUUUUCAAGAGACUUGUAUCCAAAUGAUGCUUGGAGGCUCAAAGGGGAAAAGAUGCUGCUGGAGAGUGUCUCCUGACCUGCAGCCUCACUUGACUUUUGAGCCAUGGGGAUGCUUCUGGCAAGAGAUGAAGCUUUGCCUUAGAGAAGGGCUGGCACCAAAACACUAGCAUCCCCACCCUAUGCGUCCCUCCUCCUGACCGGUUCCACAGCCAGCAUUGGGUCUUUGUUUUGGGCUCUAUCUUCCCCGUUACCAGGAGUCAAAAGAUUUUGUUCCCGACCCCUUUCAGAUUCCCUUUGUCCUCCCUCAUAGUUCCCCGGAGGAUUGGGGGUGGUGGUGAAAAAAUGUACCCUCUACCGCUGCCCACACACACUCUCUCACCUUCCUGCCUGCUCCCCGCUCCACAGGAGAGGGCUGACGUUGGCUUAAAAGAAGUAAAAGUCAACAUCUGCUACUUUCCCGUGGAGUCCUGUGAUUCAUGGAGUCGAAUGGGGAGAGUCAACAGGAAAAAAGGAGGGAGGAGAAAAAGCCACAAGAGACACUCUGUACAAUUCCAAGGCACAGAGAAGCCUUCAGACAGGCAACUGCCAGCCAGCUGAAACUUGAGACUUCACAGUACUCCCGCCCUCAGGUGCUGGGGAAACCCAGCUGCCCCACCCCCCACCCCCCGCCCCGCCUCGGGCUCUGGGCUCGGGCGUUCCAACCCUCAGCCUUCUCUGGGAGCAAAGCCAGGACUUGAUGCUGAAUUUUCCGGAGCCAGGGGCCCCCAGGUGGUUCAAGCUGGAAUAGCAGGGAAACCCAUUGGCAGUUUUAUCCAUUUACUCUUUGGGGCUUUCUUAACAGAAAGCUUCUCAGUGGUUGGGAAGCCCUUUCAUCCCACCAGGUUUGGAUAACAACAGUCCCAAGAGAUCCAAACAAAGAGGAAUCUGCAUCUGGAAGCCUACGUGGUUGGCAUCAGGUCUCUGGAGAGUAAGCCCUUACUUGCCCAGCAUUGAUUCUAUAAUGGGGAUAUCCUGGGAAAAUCCCUGAUACUCCUGUUGUAUGCAUAGGUUUCUCUGCUGGAGUGAGUUUUUCAGCCCUUGCUUGAUUUCCAUGUUGGAAAUCGCAUGUUAACUCUAAACUCUCUCCCUUUUGUCCUAUGUUUUGGUUCAUGGGCAAUUGAAAUUCUCAUAGUAAUGGGGGAACUUGUAUUUUUAUUGUAAUUAAGACUUUGAAGAGCAGAGACAGUUACUGGUCUCCAUAGUUCAGCUCUGACAGAUGCCCUCUCAGACUGCGAAGAGAGGAAAUCUGAUUGGACAGUUGACCAGUUGCCAGAGAACCGGUCUUCCCAGGCUGUUCUCUGAGUCUGCUUGCAGUGUUUAUUUUGGUGUCUCUGGUCUUCGGCAGAGGCUCCCUCCUGGGGGUUGUCACGGUGAGCAGAUGAUCAGAACAAAUAAAAUCCAGUUAUCAAAUGGC